AUGACAGGAAAUAAACGAGCCAUGGAAGAUGAAUCUACCGACCUCGCAAAUGAAGAUCAUAAUGCAGCGGAGUGUUUCCAUUCUGCGGAUUUUGAAGCUGGGAGCUAUAAGGAAGUUAUGUGUGUAUCCUGGAGGAAACAAGAAAAAAAUGGGGAUGGAUAUAUAUCUUUAUAUCUAGUUCUCUCCAAAUCCAACCAACUCACUUUCAAUCAAGAGGUUAACGUAACUUUCAAGCUAUUCAUUUAUGAUUAUAUCCGCGACAAGUACUGUAAUGUUCAAGAUGAUAAAGCAAGGCGGUUUUGUGGAAUUAGAAGAGAAUGGGGAUUUGACAAACUUGUUUCUCUGAUUGAUUUCAAAGAUGAGUCCAAUGGAUACUUAAUGGACGAUUGUUGCAUUUUUGGUGCUGAGGUUUUGGUAAUACAAAAUGGCAGUAAAGGAGAGUGCUUGUCCAUGGUGAAGACGCCCGCAAACAAUACCUGUACAUGGAAAAUUGAAAAGUUUUCAGAAUUGGAUUCAUCUCCUACCAAAUCCAAAGUGUUUUCCAUCGGUGGCAGUAAGUGGAGCAUAUUUGUUUAUCCAAAAGGGGAAACAAGAGUUAAAGGCAAAAGCUUAUCCAUAUUUUUAAAACUAGAGGAUCAUGCAAGUUUUCAGCAUGGAAGAAAGCUGUAUGCGGAAUUCAUGUUUACCGUAAGGAAUCAACUUUCGGAAAAACAUCAUCAAUUGAAUGGUCUUACUCAUCAGUUCGAUUCUAGUAAGCAGACAUGGGGUUUUUUAAGUUUUCUGUCUCUCAAUGAUCUGAAUGACAAAUCAAAAGGAUUUGUACAUGAUAAUACUUUGGUGGUCGAAGUAGAAAUUCGAGCCAUGACCGUGAUUAAAGGGCUGUCCUGA